UCUGGACUCUGGAGGAUCCCGGACUCAAAUCCUGAAUCCUGGAAGCUGAUUUUGGAUGUGUUGUACUUCAUUUUAUUUUCUUAGUUAUUCCACAGAAUAUAUUUUGAAGUGUAUUAUUUUUUUUAAAUUUACGUUAUUAUUUUACAAUGAUUUUAUUAUAGUAAAUUAUUUUUGUUAAGUAAAUUAUUUCGUUCGCACAUUUUUCGUUUGACCAUCUCAAAAUGGUCAACCCAAUCGAAAUACCAUUAAAGGACUCAGACGAGGUUAUUGAAAUACAACUAGACAAACUGCCAGAGUAUGAUGAAGUACUUGGCAUUUUAAAGUCUGAACAUUCAAAUUUGCAUAUAUGGGUCAAUUUAGCUUUGGAGUAUUACAAAAGAGGAAAUUCAGCUGCUUUAGUUAGGUUGUUGGAAUCAUCACGCAGUAAUGCAAGUUUAGAAUAUAAAGAUAGUGAUAAGGAUCAAAUGAGAGCUCUAGAUAUGUUAGCAGCAUAUUACGUGCAAACUGCUAAUCGAGAAAAAAGUAAAGAUAAACGCCGUGAACUUUUUACCAAGGCCACACAACUUUAUACAACAGCAGAUAAAAUUAUUAUGUAUGAUACGAAUCAUUUGUUGGGUCGCGCUUUCUUCUGCUUAUUAGAAGGUGAUAAAAUCGAGCAAGCAGAUGCACAGUUCAAUUUUGUACUGAAUCAAUCAUCUAAUAAUAUACCAGCUCAAUUAGGCAAAGCAUGUAUUGCUUUUAACAGGAAGGACUACAGAGGAGCUCUAGCCUAUUAUAAAAAAGCAUUGCGCUCUAACCCUCAGUGUCCCGCUGAUGUCCGUCUAGGCAUGGCACAUUGUUUUUUGAAACUAGGAAAUAUAGAAAAAGCUAGAUUAGCAUUUGAACGUGCUUUGCAGUUAGACUCCAAGUGUGUUGGUGCAUUAGUAGGUCUAGCUAUCAUGAAGUUGAAUGGUGAAAAUCCUGGUGACAUCAAAUUAGGUGUAAAUAUGUUGUCAAAAGCAUAUACGAUUGAUACCACCAAUCCAAUGGUAUUAAAUCAUUUAUCAAAUCAUUUUUUCUUUAAGAAAGAUUAUACCAAAUCUGAAUUACUUGCUAGACAUGCUCUACAAAACACAGAGAAUGAAGCUAUGAGAGCAGAAAGUUGUUAUCAAAUGGCUAGAGCAUUUCAUGUACAGAAUAAUUAUGACCAAGCAUUUCAAUAUUAUUAUCAAGCAACUCAGUUUGCACCGGUUACAUUUGUUCUCCCACAUUAUGGCCUUGGUCAAAUGUAUAUUUACGGAGGCGAUAUGGAAAAUGCAGCUCAGUGUUUUGAAAAAGUACUUAAAGCUCAUCCAGGAAAUUAUGAAGCAAUGAAAAUCCUUGGUUCAUUGUACGCCGAUUCAAAAAAUCAACAGAAGCGUGACAUUGCAAAAAGUCAUUUAAAAAAAGUUACAGAACAUUUCCCAGAUGAUGUAGAAGCUUGGGUAGAAUUAGCUCAAAUAUUAGAGCAAUCAGAUUUACAAGCAUCAUUAGCUGCAUAUGGUAAAGCCAUGGUUUUAAUGCGCAACAGUGCAAAUAGUUACAUUCCACCUGAAAUACUUAAUAAUGUAGCUGCAUUAAAUUAUAGGCUUAAAAAUAUGGACGAAGCUCGUUCUAAACUUGAAGAAUCUUUGAGUUUGUCCAAGAAAAUGGUUGAAGCUGAUCCACAGCAUUAUAAUUCUAUUGCUGUUACAACUACGUACAAUUUGGCAAGAAUUUUUGAAGCGCAAUGCCAGUUUCAAAAGGCUGAAACUUUUUACAAAGAUAUUCUCAAGGAGCAUCCUAAUUAUAUUGAUUGUUAUUUGCGUUUGGGAUGUAUGGCUAGAGAUCGUAACCAAAUUUAUGAAGCUUCUGAUUGGUUUAAAGAAGCAUUGCGUAUUGACAAUGAACAUCCUGAUGCUUGGUCACUACUUGGAAACUUGCAUUUAGCCAAAAUGGAAUGGGGUCCUGGGCAAAAAAAAUUUGAACGUGUGCUGAAGAAUCCAUCAACAUUAAAUGAUUCAUACUCAUUAAUUGCUCUGGGGAAUGUUUGGUUACAAACUCUACAUCAACCAACUAGAAAUAAGGAUCAGGAAAAAAGACACCAAGAUUUGGCAUUACAGUUUUUUACAAAAGUAUUGAAAAAUGACCCAAGGAACAUUUGGGCUGCUAAUGGAAUUGGUUGUGUUAUGGCACAUAAACAUUGUAUAAAUGAGGCAAGAGAUAUAUUUGCUCAAGUAAGAGAAGCUACUGCUGAUUUUUGUGACGUCUGGUUGAAUAUUGCACAUAUAUACAUUGAACAAAAACAGUAUAUUAGUGCUAUUCAAAUGUAUGAAAAUUGUAUGAAGAAAUUUUUCAAACAUGAUAGUGUUGAAGUACUUCAAUAUCUUGGACGCGCAUACUUCAAAGCAGGAAAGUUAAAAGAAGCAAAAACAGUGUUUUUGAAAGCUCGAAGGGUUGCUCCUCAAGAUACAGUUAUAAUUUAUAAUAUUGCUUUUGUUCUACAAAAACUAGCAGCUCAAAUACUGAAAGAUGAAAAAUCAAACUUGAAAGAUGUACUCAAAGCUGUACAUGAACUUGGAUUAUCACAUAAAUAUUUCCAAUAUUUAUCUGUUCAUGGUGACCGUAUGAGGUAUGAUGUUAGUUUGGCUGAUAUUGAAGCUAAACAGUGUCAAGAUUUACUGUCUCAAGCACAAUACCAUGUGGCACGAGCACGUAAGAUGGAUAAUGAUGAGCGUGAAAUGCGCCGUAAGCAGGAAGAGGAACGAGAAUUAUUCCGUAUUAAACAGAUUGAAGAGCAGACUAAAGCAUUGCAAAAACAAGAAGAACAAAGAAAAGAAAUGCUGUUGAAACGUCAAGAAUAUAGAGAAAAAACAAAGAAUGCACUAGUAUUUGACCCCGUUUUAGAAAAACCUAAGAGUAAAGGGAAACGCCGUGAAAACUACGGUUCAGAUUCUGGUGGAAGUAUUGCAUCUGAACCAGGUGGAAAUAGAAGUCCUAGACCUUCAAAAUCUAACAAAUCAAGGAAAAGUGGUGGUACUGGUGGUGACAAAGAAAAGAAGAAAAGAGGUGGAUCUAAACGGAGAAGAGAUAGUGUUGGUUCAGGAGGGUCUGGUGGAAGUGAUAGAAUUGCAACAAAGAAAGGGCGUUCAUCUGCAAGUAAUAAGAAAGGACCUGUGUUAUCAUCUAAACAGAAACUUAGAGUUGUAUCUAAAGCAACUAUAUCUACUAGUGAGGAUGAUAGUAGUGACGGUGAAGUAAAAAAACGAAUUUCUGGACAUAGUUCAAAGAAUACUAGAAGAUCACGUUCAAGCUCAGAGUCUCGUUCACGUUCCGGUAGCCAUAAAUCUAGAAGCCCAUCCAGAUCUCGGUCUGGUUCACGUAGAUCUAGAUCAAAAUCUAAAAGUGUUUCACGCAGUCGUUCAAGAUCUAGGUCACGUUCAGGUAGUAGAUCUCGAUCUGGUAGCCGUUCACAUUCUGGCAGUCGAUCUCGUUCAGGAAGUCGUUCCCCUUCACGUAGUCAUUCAAGAUCUAAUAGCCGAUCUAGGUCUCGCUCUGCAUCUGGUUCCAAAUCACGCUCACAAUCUCGUAGUAAAUCUAAGUCAGUAUCAAGAUCACCAGCGCGAUCAAAAUCUGGUAGUCGUUCUGCUUCUAAUUCACCAGCCCAUUCAAGAAGUAGAUCUGCAUCUAAUUCACACUCCAAAUCUGGCAGCAGAUCUCCUUCUAGAUCUAGGAGCAGAUCAGGUUCUAGAUCCGGCUCAGCUUCACCAGCUACAUAAUUAAACUUUAUAAAUGAAAAAUUUAAUAUUAUGACUAAUUUUUAAAACCUAAAAAGUGUUAUAUUAUUUUAAAUUUUUGUUGACAUAUAUAAUUUUAUUCAAAACAAACUACAAUUAAAAUGUAAUUUAA